CCCGGCCAAAAGACGUGGAUAGAGGGAAUGAGUUUUCUGAGUCCCAAGUUCUUCGUUGGCGUCUCACCCAACCACAAUAGUCCGGAGAUUGGUGACCACAGAAACCAUGACACGGCUGUUGAGUUCAGUUGGAAGAGUGAAGACGGACAGACAUACUACGACGUCGACAUUGAAAAGGGCUUCUCCUCGCCAGUAUGGUGUCAUGGACAAGGACAAGGAUGGGGUACUGGUCAAGGUUGUGUUACAGAUGUCCUCGCCGCAUGCCCAGAGAAGUUCAAGAGCUACAACCCGGAUUCCGGCGUUUACGACCAGUGCCUCGGGACAUUGGAGGCCGACAGCAUCCAAUUCCGCCUUUCUCAGUGCCCUCACACCUACGUCAGAUCCAACGAUGACUGGAACACAAGAACUGUCAGUGGAUCACAUGUACUCAUCUGCACCAUCGCGAGCACACCAGCCACUAGCGAAUUCCAAGCCGUUCAACUCGCCGAAGCCGAAAGAAAGAGGAAUGGUGGUCUGCCCGCGAACGCAGUUCUUCCCAGACGUGCUCUCCCUCAUGGUCACCUCAAGGCCAAGGCUUUCUCGAGACACGCCUAGAUGUCCGACAGCACGUUGAGACACGCCUGGAUGCGUUCAAGUGCCUCCUUGUCGAAGUCGACAGUCCUUUCCUUUUUCCUUUCCUCCUAUCUUUUUCACUUCGUCGAUGGUAAUUCUAAAAGUACAAGUUUUUUUUUUCUGGAGGG